CGACAGUACCGUGCAUGUGUCGCGUGCGAGAUCGCACAUGCACACAAUCGUCAAUGCGUAGAUCGACUGGGAACCGUGGUUUUUUAGCUUCUGUGCAUCCGUGUUUGCAUGACACACACAGAUUUGGUUAGCAAAUUUCGAUUUUUUCAGAGCGUAGGCCUCCCAGAAUACGGGAGUUUUUGGCGCUUUGUACGGCUUUAGCAAGUGUACAACUCUCUUCAACAGAAUUCAAGCCGAGCCGAUGACUUUCACGUACACGGAUCUGUAUCCGUGACGGAGUUGCCCUUCGACAACGAAGACCAGUUUUGAAGGUUUUGCUUUGAGGCGACCGGCUCAUGGAUUGGGUUGUUGUCGAUGCCUGCACUUAUUUCCGGAAGGCUGUGUAGGCUGUAGUUCUUGCUGUAGUAGAGCUGAAGUGCUUCUUGAAGCCCCUGUUCCAACAACCGAGAAGAGCAACUGGCCAUCGCCCCUGUACUUUUGGGGCUCACUGAUGCGUUCGUCGUUCGGGCUUACCCAGAUCUCUCUUGCUGAGUUCAGUUGAAAUUUUAGAGCACUCUCUAAUGCUGCUCUUCUGGUAGUCGUUGGUGCUGUGAGACGUUGGUGCUGCUUGUUGCUUGCUUGGAGCAUUGCCGGGAUAGGAAACCGAGCGUUUCCUCAGUCAUGGUGGAAGUGGUGAAGGGAAAAGCCACGGAGAAGUACGAUGUCGGAGAAAUCAUUGGACGUGGCAAGUUCUCCACCGUCAAGCUAUGCACGGAGAAAGACACCGGCAAGGAGUUUGCUGUCAAGAUCCUGCGGACGGCACGGCGCGGCUGCUCUCGAGAUGCCAUUCUCAAUGAAGUGCGCAUCAUGAACAUGUGCGUGGAUUGCAUGUACGUGCUCAAGCUGGUGGAAGUGUUUGACGGUGGGCGCGAAUUUCAUCUCGUCGAAGAACUGGCUGAAUGUGGUGACUUGUACAGUCGUUGUCUUGCUGAAGAAAACCACGCGGAGGAGAAUGAAGUGCGCAAUUACAUCAGACAGCUGAUCGAUGCGUUGGUGUUUAUUCACGAGCGUAACAUCGUUCACUGCGAUAUCAAACCAGAGAAUGUGCUGGUUACACGCGACGACACCGACAAUAUCCGUCUUGUCGACUUUGGUUUGGCGCGCGUCGUUUCGCCCAAGGAUAAAGUAUGCGAGAUUGUCGGCACCACCGAGUAUGUAGCACCCGAGAUCCUGAGCUUUGAGCCGAUAAUGGCAGCCUGUGAUAUGUGGAGUCUGGGAGUUCUCGCCUACACGCUAUUGAGUGGGAUUUCCCCUUUCCUGGGUGACAACGACAGUGAAACGUACGCAAACAUCUCGCACUGUGACUAUGAUUUUGACGAUGAAGUAUUUGAUCAUGUCAGUGAAGACGCGCAGCACUUCAUUUCCGAAUUGCUAGAGGUGAAACCAAGAAUACGUCCCAGCGCGCACGAGAUGUCAACGCACUCCUGGAUGCAGGCCACCAUACAGUCACCCUCGACCAGCAUGUCCACAAGCAACACAUGCGUCGUCAGCAGCAGCAGCAGUGUCGGUGGUGUCAGUGCCAGCACCAGUACCACAAGCACCAGUACAGCUAUCGCCGGCGGCGCCAGCAGCAGCAAGAUUGAUUCUCCCAUCGCCACCGAUGGCACUGCCAGCAGCACUCACAAGGUGCUAACACCCGUCAACAGCAACCAGAACAAUCUCUGCAGUUCGGCGAAAACAACACCCACUGGCAGCCCCGUAGUCAGUAGCAGUAGUGGCGCCUUCACUCGCGGCGAGUCCACGCGGAAUUUGAGUGUCACGGUCGACCAAUCGUCUCGCGGUGGUGGCAGUGCCCCGAACUCUGCCCGCCGACUUGUCGGCAAUCAGCACAUUGGGGUGGAGAGGGCAGCCAGUCUGCCUGUCCGGGAUCGCAGUCGCCUUGCCAUUGAUAUCUUUUCAUCGCAAGAUGAAGGUGCUAAUGAUUCAAUGACAUCUGCAACAACGGGCAAUUCACCAACCCUGGACACGGCUCCAGACCUCCGAGAGACUCCGUCUGCGGUGGACUCUGCGUACAUGAGUCGUCAUCGCCGAUCGCAGUCCUGCAAAAGUGAAUCCGGUGCUGUCACCCCACCGUCACCAACACCGGCAUGCGAGCGUGUGCCAUUGUCCCCACCGCCGCCAUCGUCCUCGCCGCCAUUAUCCCUGUCACGGUCACCACUCUCCUCAGUAGUACCAUUGGCAUCCAGCAGCACACAGAGUGUUAGCAAUAAGAAUGCCACCAUAGACUCACCGCCAGCAGCUGCUUUGCAAGCUGAUACAAAGAACCAGCAGCCAAGGCGGCACAGUAGUACAUCGGAUAACCGCCAUGCUAGCACUCUGCCUAACGAUGAUACAAACACCCCGCCUAGUAGGAGUAACACUGCUAAAGCACAUGAUAACAUGCCUAUGGGUGAUGCUGGUGAUGAGUCAGUUGCUGGCACAGGUGCGGUCAACGCUACCCGUCCCGCUAAUCUGGCUCUCAGGACCACUAGCACUAGUAGUAAUAGUACUACACGAUCCAUCAGUGGUACUGGCGAUGCGGUUGGGCGAGUGGCUGAGCGCAACGCUACUACCUCCAGGCCUGCUAGCAAGCGGCACUCUAUGCCAGCCGUAGAGUCUCCUCUCAGUACACGCUCGUCCUGCGCCAGCUCCGUUGCUGCCUCGCGCACUCGUUCCAAUAGCAGAUGUGUUGAGAAAGACGAUCGGCAGGGGGCAGCAGCGGACAGCAAUGCGGCAGCAGUGCCGGACAGGACACAGUCUCCGCGGCGGCGUAGUACCGACGCCGUUAACAACACAUCCACCAGUCGCCGCAGCGGCAGCAGCCAGACAUCCAUGGUGUCUGCGGCGGCUAUCUCAGCUGCAGGCCGUCGCAGUCGCUCUGGUUCUACGUCCAGUGUGAAUGCAGAUGUCAGCACUGCUACACUCAAUGAAAACAGUACUGUGACGGAGAAAACACCCGGUGGGAGUCGGCGGCGGCGUUCUAGAGCUGGCUCAGCAUCCAGUAUUGAUGACGUGUCGCCAGCAGCCAAAGCCAGUACUGUGGUGCCAGCAGCAAGUCCCAUCCUGUCCCAUUCGGUCAGUAACCAGCGAGCUAACCGGACAUCAUCCUCCUCCUCCACCAGCUUGGCUAGUGGUCACCACUCCACCACCUUGGCAGCUAGUGGUAAUUUGUCACCGCGGCGACGACGCGUCAGCACCAGCUCACCAUCCGGUCAGACGGAUGACUAUCAUGUUGCUGACGCCAGUCGUAGAUCAGUUAGCAGCAGAACGGGCAGUGAUACUGUAACCAAUGUUGAUGUUAGCCGUAGAUCAGUUACCAGCAGAGCAGGUAGUGAUACCGUAGCUGCUGCUGAUGCUAGCGCUGUUCAACAGCCAUCACAGCCUGCAGCAUCAUGCACAGUCAUCAGUGACUCUAGCAGUGUAGCGGCAGUGGACAGCUCAAGCAACACUUCUACCCAGACAGAUGAGCUUCCCUCUCCGAGUGUCACUGCGAGCAGUGCUGUGAUGAUGAAAGAUCGUGCUGCCACCACCGCUACCACCAAGAACGACUCAAUGUCCCAAGCAGCAUCUUCAACCAAGGAGACGACGCACUCUACAGGUGUAGGCUCCCGAGCAAGCAUAUCUUCUACAUCUGACCGACCAAGCUUCUCCUCUGUCUCGUCGGCUGAUGACAGCGCAAUCAUGUCUGAUAUCGAACUGAGUCCGGUGCUAGUACCAGUGCAGUCUACACCGGAGAAAAAGUCAUCUACCAACACUGUGCCUGCUGCUGCUGCUGCUAGCCGUGGUGGUGACGGUGAUAGCAAUGCGGCUGUUCCUGGUGCUGCUGCUGGGACUGCUCUCAAACUGGGCGGCAAAGCAGAAAAGCAGUCAGCCGCCAAGAGAACAGUGUCACAGAGCUCAGCAAAAGAUCCGGUGCAGCUAGCGAGUCGUAACUCUGCGCCCAGAACUGUGUCUGGUGUUGCAGCUACUGCUACAGGUAGUAACUCUACUCGUAGCACUGACCAGAAAGAGAGAAUAGCUGCAAAUGAACAGAAGGACAAGCAAACCCCAAAGGACCCAGGUCAGCAGAGAACUGCUUCUCAGAGUUCGGCCAGUCAAUCGCCAUCACGUCAGCAGCAGAACAGCAGCAGAGCACUAUCACCGGCGGCACAGACACCACCGCGUAGCAGUACUGGUGUCAGCCCUCGUCUGGGCAGCUUCCGGGGCUCGGCGAUGAGCAGCCGCUUCUCCAAUUCACACAACGACGUAUCCAGUGUGGGCAAGUCAACAUGUGCAAAUGAUAGUGCCAACCGAUCAUCAGAUACUGUAUCAAAGAAGAACAACACGGUCUCACCUACACUGGGCUUAGCAUCAACUCCAUCACCCGCUGGACGAAGAACUGAAACCAGGCCUCCUUCCACUGCUGCCAAAUCUCCAGUACAGGAGAAAACUGGAACAGACAUCGCCUCCGCCAAGCACUCUGCGUCCACCGCCACCACUAGCAGCAGCAAUAGCAGUGGCAGCAGCUUGGCUUCUCGCCAGGAGGGCCGCAGCAGGACUACUACCACGGUGGCGCCACGUGCUACUCGAGACCUGGAUGCCAGCUCAACGCCACGGCUUGGCAGCUUUCGGCGUCGCUCCGUCUCUCGUUCUUCCCAAUCGGACUUCUCACGCGUCAACAAGUUCCCAGAUGACAACGCCACUGCCCCUGCUGCUAACAGUACAGCGAAAACUAGCACUCAACUGUCUUCAGAACGUCACACUCCUACAUCACGUGCUACAAGCAGCAGUUCCGCGCUAUCAUCCCGUUUCUCUGCGUCGCAGAGUAAUCUGUCACGAGCUGGCACCGAUGCUUCAUCCUCAUCAGCAUCCUCUCGUCGUCUUGUCUCGGCCAGCAGUACACCGCGUGUCCGCUCUCCAGUUGAUUCAGCACAACUAUCAUCAGCGGCAGCGGUAGAACCAUCAUCAGCUACGCUAACUGAUAGCACUGCCAGUGCUAUUACAUCUACUAUCUCUAAGGAUAGCACCGGUGAGAGGCUCUCUGCUCUGGGAUUAUCUAGUCGACUAUCAGCCAGCCAAACCGACAUCAGCAUGCGUUCACAGCGUAGCAGCAGCGGCGGCGGCAGCAGCAGAUCCACAGCAGUAUCCACCUCCAACACUCCGCGCACAUUGUCCCCGACCAACGAACACUCGGACCACCAGGGGCAGCAGCAGCAUCAUCGCCAGCACAGUUGCAAUCCCAACCGUUUGCAUCUCGGCGUGUCGGCGCGUCUCACGGCCUCGCACUCUGACCUCUCCUACAUUAACCGUUCUGUUUCGCCCUCCUCGUCUCGUCACCUCGCGCCGGUGGAUCGCAGUCGCUCGGGUUCGCGCUCGCGCAUCAGUCGCACCGUACUGGGUGAAAGCUCGUUCCCAUCGCUGGCCGCACCCAGCACAGCCAGUGUUUCUCCGCUGACAAGCCGUGUGAGCAGCACUUCACGCACCUCUUCACCGGUACCAGGGGCAGCAGCAGCCGGACGGCACACAUCCUCAUCGCCGUCUCCAGCCGAGCUCAAAGCACCGCUGGAGCAUACCUACGUUAGCUGGAGGGACAGGCUCAAGAAGUCGGCACCUGCAGCAGCAGCAGCAGGCACAGCUGCCAACACUGGUGGUAGCGGUGGUGGUGGAAUGCGCAGGAAUUCACCCAGCCCGUCGAGCACUGCUGUUGACGCCGUGACCGACUCUGGCUGCCAGAAUAGCAGCACAGCAAGAGACUCUGGCUGCCAGAAUAGCAGCACAGCAAGAGUGCAAUCACCUGCUCCUACUACUGUUUCUGUUGCUAAUGAUGUUGUGUGUAGCGGCGAGUAUGACAACACCGCGCAGGCAAGUGUCACUGAUGAUUCUCACCUCUCCCCGUCGUCGUCGUCAUCGUCCACUGGCACCAUUGGCAAACGAAGUGGUAUUGCUGCCAGGAGCAAUUCAUCGGACUCUGGACAUGCACUCUCGCCAGAGCAAUGUCCAGAGUCUGCACCAUCACCGCCAUCCUCGUCGUCACAACAGCGCCAGCCAGGUAGCAGUGAAGAGAACGAUUGUGCGCAGUCUGCGCACGCCCCCCAGCUCCGCAAUGACGAGAGCAAUGACGUUGUGGCGGUUGCAGACUCCUCCAACCAGGAUGCUGCGUUUGACUCUGGCAUCUCCCUGGACGAUAGUCCCCAGCACCUAGCGGAAGAAGGCCUGGCAUGUGACAACAGUGGUGUAUUCACAUCAUCUCGUGAUGAUCGCCACGCAGACAGUGGUGCCGUGCGUAGAGCAUCGGACACCACGUCCCCUGACAACGGCAACGCCUCUCACACCACUGGUGGCUUCACCCGUCGCGCCUCGGACCUGGGCGAGUCCUUUGCCAGCUGGCGCUCCCGUGUGCACCGCUCCUCCACAUCUUCAGCAUCGCUGGCGUCGGGUAUCUGCGCCUCGCGUCACCAGAGCCCACCAACACGAGUGCUUGCCUAUGAUGAUUUCAGUCUGCCAUCAACUGUGCUCAUCGAACGCCAGGAUCCAGAGGAGAGCUUCACCUAUCUGCAGGAGCAGGCUCUGCGCUUGUCCGACAAGAUAGAAGCCAUGCUGCUGGAGAAACAGCAGCAGCAGUCGCGGCGUAGCUUCAGCACCUCCCCUUCCUCAGCAGUAGUAAACAGAAGUGAGCAAAUAGCUGGACUUAGCAGCACUGGUGAGUCGUCAUCUUUCACGGUAUCGGCGGGGUCGGCGGCAGCGGCAACCCAGAACACAACCUCUGGUACGGCACCGACCACUCCGGUGAAGAAGGCAAUGCGAGUCGUUCUAACGCCCUUAAACAGUCCGCAGCGGGCGUUACCUCUUGUUAGGUCCCCACUGUCGGCACCCGGAACCAACGUUGUCUCCGCCCCCGGCAAUCCCAUGACCGAUAGUGAAUCGCCUGGUGCCAAGAAUGCAGCCACCCGUUCGUUUUUCUCCGUCAGCGGUGCCCGUAUCACGUCCACCGAUGCUGCCCAGCUUCUGAACAGAGUACGUAUUCACUUGAAGUCGUCAGCCAGUAUCAGCGGAAUGCGGCAGCUCGAGCGGCCGCGUGGACCGCCGAUUUCCGGCGAUCUCGACUUCUGCCAGCAGCGUCCGCAUGGCCGUGGCUCGUUGUCCAGCUGUGAUGAUGGCACAGGUUUGGAGUAUACCGCCGGUGGGGGUGGUGGUGGCAGCAGGGCGCAUGCACCAUGCACGCGUGUACAGUCCGUCGAUCGCUUUCGCCGGCGGCAGAUCCGCGGCGCCGGCUGUGCUAAUCUGCACACGAACCUCUCCGCCAACAGCAGUUUGACGGUGAACUGUGCCGAGUGUUCUACAUGUACUGGCGACACUCAUGCACCUGCAGGUGGAGGUGCUGCCGGUGGAGGUGCUGCUACGGGUGGCAAGCCACUACCGCCGUCGCACUGUCAAUGCCGUCCAGUGCUUCCCUCGUCGCCACUAUCCCAUGACCCACCUGUUGGUCUUGGUGCAAGUGGUGCUGCCGCUGCAUCUGUCAACUACACUGCUACACAUGCAGCAAGUGAAGCAGCAGCGGCAGGUCAUCAUAUGACAUCAACGCCAUCAGCAUCGUCGUCGUCAUCACUGACGUCGAUCAAUGCGUCAUCGAUCCCCCAUGCAGCGAAUGUUCAUGCCAAUUCUGGCAGAAAAGGUCAUGGAGGCGAUGGAGAAGAGGGUGAUGACAUCAUGGCACCGCUUGCCACCUAUUCCAACCAAUCCCAGCAUCGCAACUCCUGCCACUCUGAUGGCUCUGGACCUUGUGCCCUGUCCUCUUCCUCCUCAGGCAUAUCAGGUACACCAAGCUGCCUCUCCAUCGAAGACUUUUCCUCGCCUGAACUCGUAGCAUGCUAUACCUCCGAGCUUGAGUCCGAGAUGAAAUCCUCGUCGAACAGCGCCGCUGGCAAUCGCGGUUCCAACGCUGCCCCGCCGCCGUUGGCGCUGAAGUUCAAGAAGGCCGCCGCCCUGCGCCAGUACUGGACGGGCAAGUUGAGUACGUUUCCCGGCGUGUCGCCGUUCUCUCUAGCUCUGAUCGGGCUCACUGCUGGCACUGCGGCUGCUACGCCUGCCUUCCGACUCGGCUCAGACCCUCACAUGGGCCGCCAUGCUGAUGCAGCGGGCAGUAUAGCGCAGUCGCAGUCAACACCCAUUGCGGCCGAUGGUGGCGGCGGCGGAGUGUUGGAGCGUUUGGACAACGUGUUGACAGCAGCGCAUAGCCAGAACACGGUGCCACGCCGCCAGUCCAUGCCUGGCGAUACAUCCACGUCACUGUCCUCAUCGGCAGCAGAACAGCCUCAGCAACAGCGGUCUUCUUCUCAUCCGAGCUUAGUGCGUCUGGACAAGCAUCGUCGUUCCUCUCAGUCAGCCUCGUCGAAACAGACCUCUGCACACAUAUCUCCGAGUGGCAGUCAUUGUGAUGGCUUGCUCAACACCGCUGCUGCCUCUCACCUGGAACAAUCCGACUUUUCGCACGUUCUCAUUCGCACGCAGAGUCCGUCUGUUGAGGAUGCCAAGAUUUAGCCUGUCCACCUGUCUACCGCUGGUUGACAGUCUAUAUAAGCGUUAGUAGCGAGCAGACAUGUGGCUAGUGCAUGCCACCUGGCCUUUUCUCUCAUCAUAUCUCGGUUGUACUGGACUCUUGCAGAGGAAAUCUUCUGCUGUUGAUGUACGUGUUGUCGUUGCUAUUGUUGUUGCUGUUGAUGUUGCUCUUGUUUUCCUCGGCGUCGUUGUUCGUGGUCUCGUUCUUCUUGCUGUUGUACGUGUGUAUAUGUGUGUGUGUGUGUGUGUGUGUGUGCGUGUGUGUGUGUGCGCGUGUGUGUGUGCGCGCAUGUGUAACUUUUGCUCUCUGGCAUGGAUAUCUGAGUGCCAGUGCAGUUAGUUCUCUUUGGGUAUUGUGUGCAUACCCAUGAUGCCGAUCGUGCUCUGCUGUGUGCACCUACCUACCACCUACCUUCCCUUGUCUCUGUAUGUUCUCACCAUGGCACAUAUACACACUGCUUAUGCAUAGUGCAAUCAUGUGACACCAACUGACGUCGUUUCUGCGUCAGCUUGCACCCACUGGCACGCGGGCUGCUGCACUGUACGUGUUACAGCAGCAGUAGCACCUGCAUGUUGCAGCAGCAGUAACACCAAGUCUAAUCUGGUGUAUUUCCUGACUGGACCCCUAUAUCCUAUCCUGCAAACAUAAUCUUUCUAUGUUCACUGCAUUGCAUAUCACGUUUGGCUGCUAUUACCGAUAUGCCAUGCUUUCUUCUAUACUUGAUAUCUUUGGUAAAGAAACAACUUUGUCUGUCACUAUCUUCAGCAGGUCUUUUGCGGUUCUCUUUUCUGCGCAAGCAGAAGUGCGCGUGGACAUUUUGGACAUUUGCCUUUUCCCCUCAAUAUGACUGUGAUGUUGCUUAGCUUGUCUUUUCCUUUAGUUGAGUGUCCAUAGUAAGGAUUCUAUCCCGUGCUUGCGCUUAUGUGUCUGUGGGGGAUGGGUGAGUGUGUGCGUGUGUGUGGGGUGUCUGUUCGCUAGGACUGGCAUCACUCUUUGUGUUUGCUGUUCCUAGUUUUCUCCGUCGCUUUUGCAUAUCUGCUUGCCUGGCAAACAUCUCAUUGCUCGUCUAUUCUCAACUUAGUAGGCUGCAUGCCAGUAGGCGUCUGUCCCUUCAGCGUUCUAUUCACGUACACUCGUGACAUUACGUAUUUCAGCAUACAUGAUGUACAUGUGUUGUGUGUAUUCGCGCACUCAUCCCCUCAACUUGUGCUGCAUUCUAUGCACUGCUAGUGAUAUGCAUAUUUUUCAUACCUGCUCAUUACUACAAUGUACUAUCAUUAAUUUACUACUGGUAUCAAAGAGUAUGAUGUCAUUCUCCCCUAGCUGGGAACUGU